CUGAUGGUAAUUUCAAUCAUAUGGUUGUUGGCGUGGCAUCAUAAUUAACCUCCAGCUUGGUGAAAGUUGAUCGCUCGUUGUUAAACGAGCAUAUUUUUCGAAUUAUUAUGGAAAAAUAAAAGUUAUUCGUGUGGAACAAAAACUGAAGACAAUCGAGAAUAUUACAGUGAUUAAAAAAAAUGGACACAAAGGAAGAAAUGGAUCCUAUAACCAAGCUUAACACUGAACUAAACAGAUCCAUGACGUUGACGGAUAAAGGAUCAUCGAAAAAUCCAUCACGAUCAAAAAAAUGUAAGUCAAUAAUCCUAGAUAAUGCAACUACUUCUGAUGCAUUAAUUACAAGUACUCCAGGACCUUCAAAUUUAUCUGACUCCAUAAGCCCAAAAAAGAGUAUAUUGAAAGAACCCACUGAUAAUGAUGAACUCGAUAACACUUUUGUUCAAAUAGUAAAUAAAGAUCAAGAAACUCAAGAAGAAACACCAGUGGAAACUGAACAAGUUGUUAAACGGCCACAAAACUUGGAAGAGUUUAUGGAAACUGAGUCAUUGGAGAUUAAUACAACUCCAUGCGUGCUAAAUGUACCUGAUAUAAGUGAAGAUGAUGCACUAUGGCUUUUUGAUGUUCCUAGAACCAUUGAUCCGAGGGACUUUGAAGGUCAAAUGCUUGAUUUUUAUGGCAAAAGUAAACUAAAAGCUGGUGGUGAAAAAUAUGUUGCUGUUCCUCACAUCACUUCUGAUUAUUUCACGUGUGUUCUUGGAACUGGUAUACAUGAUAAACCUUGGCAAGCUAUUAAUAUUACUCCUCAAGGGUCUAUUAUCGUUCGAAAGAAGAUUUCCGGAUGGGUGAAGAAGAGUUGUGAUAGCAGUGAAGUUACUCCAGCCAAUAGUAGAGUACCUUUCCCAAAAACUCUCAAAAAUCGUCAUCCACUUCUUGGAGUUAUUCUGCGUGAAAAGAAGAAGAAAAAGAGAUCCAAACUUUUGUAAUUCAUCAAGUAGUUAAUCAACAACCAUUGUUACCGAGCAACCGAUUCCUGUUUAUCUAAUGCUCUCUGUGAAGAAAGUACUGUUGGAGUAAUAUCGAUUUCAACCUAAUCUUGAUGAAAAAAAAAAUGCCCUGAUGGUGAUGGUAUUCUCGUCAUGCACAAAUCUUAUUUUAAAUUUAUUAAGUUUCCUGAUGUUUAAUAUUUUUUUCCUAUACUUCUAAACGACAUAUUGGACAUCAAUUUUGCAUGGUUCAUUAUGAAACGGGACUUAGUGAACAUUAUUAAAUGGGGGAUAUAUUUUUUGCAGUUAUAACAAGGUAUUAGGUAUUACAGUCAUAUUUUAUUCAACAUUUUUUUCGAUAAAAUAUUUAUUAAUCAUUAUAAAUCGUAUUUAGAAGCUAAUAUAUUAUUCCUUAUCUCA